GGUUACCGCAGAGCCACGGAGGCCGAAUUUACUCGAUUAACCAGAGAGCGAGAAGCUGCCCAGAUGGAACUGCUCGAAGUGGAGGAGCACUACCAGACGCUGCUGGGCAAGCGCAGGGAUGCGGCUGCCGAAAUGGCUGCACCCAUUGACUUGCCCUCAAAUAAAACUGACCUAGAACUCUACACCCUGCAGAUGCGAGAGGACAUGCUCUCAUUAAAUGUGGCCCGGGCAGAGUUGCUGCGCCGAUUGAAUGAGCAAACCGACUGUCAUCGUGUCCAGCUGGCCGAGGAACGCAGACAACGGAUCCAGGCGGAGACAGCCCUUCGCCACGUGACCGUCGAAAGCCGCGAGAAGAUUGCGCAAUUAGAAAGAGCCAAUGAAGCGUAUACUCAAUCAGCGGCCGCUCGAGCAGCUACCGAGAGAGCCGCCGAGCACGCUGCAAUGGAGAGCAAGCACGCCAAGGCUAGUUGGUUAUUUUUUUCUCAUUUCACCACUUAA